AUGUCCGCCAUCUCAAUUAAGAAGGGCCUCAUCCAAUUGGCAGGUGUCCUGUACAAGCCUACUACCGCAGUCGCUAAAAACCCUGCUUUGAUCAUCGUCCACCCCGGCGGCGGUGUCAAGGAGCAAACAGCAGGUCUUUAUGCCAAGAAGCUCUCUGAGCAGGGUUUUGUGACUGUGGCCUAUGAUGCGAGCCACCAGGGCGAAAGCGGUGGCGAGCCUCAUUUCCUCGAAGAUCCUUCCGCGCGAGUCAGCGACGUCUACAGCGUGAUUGAUUAUCUAGAGAAGCAGGAGCUUGUCGACCCUGAGAAGAUUGCUAUCGUUGGUAUUUGUGCGGGAGGCGGUUAUUCUGUUGCCGCAGCUAAGUCAGACCAUCGCCUGAAGGCCAUUGCCACCAUCAGCAUGGUCAACAUCGGCGAUUCCGCACGUCUGGGCUGGGACGCCGAUGAAGAUCCUAAGACAAAGGUCGGAGCCUUCGACAUGGCCGCUAGGCAAACCUCCGCUGAGAACAAGGGUGCCGAGGCUGUCGCGGCUCCCUACGUCCCCCUUCAGCUCGAUAACAACACUCCUUUCGAUAUGAAGGAGGCCUCCAACUAUUAUCUCACUCCUAGGGCCCAGCAUCCUCGUGCUGCGAACAAGAUGCUGCUUCGGAGCUUCCCGCUUGUGCUCAACUUUGAUGCCUUCCAGUUUGCUGAGCUCUACCUAACCCAACCUGCUCUGCUGAUUGCUGGCGAGAAGGCUGGCUCUUUGUGGCACACGGAAAACCUUGACAAAAAAAUUGGCGGCGCCACGAAGAAGGUCAUUGUCCCAAAGGCAGCUCAUAUGGACUUUUAUGACGGGGCCGACUACGUUGGGCUGGCCGUGAAGAAUAUUGUGGAGUUUAUGUCCGAGAAGCUGUGA